AUGAAGACAGUUAAUUGUUACGUGCUGUUAUUUUGCUGGAAAGCAAUUUGUUGCAAUAGCUGUCAGCUCACCAAUAUUACUAUAGCAGUGGAAAGAGAAGAAUGUGAAUUCUGUAUUACAGUGAAUGCCACGUGGUGCUCAGGAUACUGCUUCACAAGGGAUCCAGUAUAUAAAUAUCCACCAGUAUCAUCUGUUCAGCAAACAUGUACCUUCAAGGAGAUUGUGUAUGAAACCGUGAAAAUCCCCGGCUGUGGUGACCAUCCCGAAUCGCUGUAUUCGUACCCGGUAGCUACAGAGUGCCACUGUGAGACCUGCGACACUGACAGCACUGACUGCACUGUGCGGGGACUGGGGCCAUCCUACUGUUCCUUCAGUCAGAAUGGAAGUAACCAAUGAAGGGUC